AUGUGGGCAAUGCUGCUGUGGUCUCUGGUGUUGGGGUUCAGCCUGGGGGGCAGUCCCCAGACCCCCAGCAUAUAUGACGAGGGAGAAAUGGGAGGUGGAAUUGAGGCGAGCCCUGCGUUCCAGCCCCGUGGGUUCCCCGGGACGCUCUGCGCCAAUGACACGGACACUCUGGAGCUCCCCCCGAGCUCGCGGGCGCUGCUGCUGGGCUGGGUGUCCACCCGGCUGGUGCCCGCCCUCUAUGGGCUGGCAGUGGGCGUCGGGCUGCCCGCCAACGGGCUGGCGCUGUGGGUGCUGGCCACGCGCGUGCCCCGGCUGCCCGCCACGCUUCUGCUCAUGAACUUGGCUGCGGCGGACCUGCUGCUGGCCCUGGUGCUGCCGCCGCGCCUCAUCUACCACGCGCGUGGCCAGCGCUGGCCCUUCGGGGAGGCCGCCUGCCGGGUGGCCACGGCCGCGCUGUACGGCCACCUGUAUGGCUCGGGGCUGCUGCUGGCCGCCGUCAGCGUGGAUCGCUACCUGGCGCUGGUGCAUCCGCUGCGGACCCGGGCCGUGCGCGGCUGGCGACUGAGCGCAGCGCUGUGCGCGGCCGCCUGGCUGGCCGCCGCCGCCCUCACCGUGCCGCUGACCUUGCAGCGCCAGACCUACCGGCUGCGGGGCUCGGACCGCGUGCUGUGCCACGACGCGCUGCCCCUGGCCGCGCAGCUGGCCUUCUGGCGGCCGGCCUUCGCCUGCCUGGCGCUGCUGGGCGGCGGCGGCCCGCUGCUGGCCACGCUGCUGUGCUGCGCGCUCACGCUGCGCGCCCUGGCGGACACGCGCUUCGCGCACGCGCGCCGGCUGACGGCGCUGGUGCUGGCCACCGCGCUGCUCUUCUUCGCGCCCAGCAACCUGCUGCUGCUGCUGCACUACUCCCGGCCGGGCCCCACCGCCUGGGGCGACCUGUAUGGUGCCUACGCGCCCAGCCUGGCACUCAGCACGCUCAACAGCUGCGUGGACCCCUUCGUGUACUACUACGCGUCCCCCGAGUUCCGGGACAAGGUGUGGACCCUGCUGGCGUGCCGCCCGCCGCCGGCUACCACCACGCCGUCCAAGACCUCGCGGGAGGGGCGCGCCCCUGGGGCCCAUACCCGCUCUUCCCUUCUGUAACUGCGCCCCAGGGGUGGCGGGGAGGGGACAAUGGCUGUGCUAGGCUCCUUCCCGGGCGCCCGAUGUGGGCCUCAGCUGGAAGCAGGGGUGGCAGCUCUCUCAGGCUGGGCCCUACAGGACAAGGCUGAGCUCCACGUUUUAUGCUGGUCCUGGGACUUGAACAGAGGGCUCAGUGUGGCUCUUGUUGUUUGUUUUUGCUUAUGGCUGGAGCUCUAGCACUUGUUGCAUCUCCAACUCCAUCUUUUUGAUGGUUAAUUGGAGAUGAGUCUUCAGGACUUUCCUGCCUGGGCUGGCUUCAAACCUCAUUUCACAGAUCUCAGCCUCCUGUGGAGCUGGCAUUACAGGUGCAGUGCAUGCUACCAGCCUCUGGCUGGUUUCCAGACAGGAUCUGAGGGCCCACCCUGCCUGAAUGGUUAGGUCUGGGUAUAAU